UAUUGAAAACUCAAUGGAUUUAACCGUUUUGGUCAUCGGUUUACGUAAUCAUCAAAUAUCAAGCAUUGAAUGCUUUUUCAAAAUUCAAAUCCAAUCAUUUAGUUUAAGUCAACAGCAAGAUGUGCGACAAAGUCUUAGUGGAGAUCAAAGAAGAGUACAGAAUCAAUGUCUUUAUAACGGAUGGAAAGAAGUGUUCGCUAAACUAAAUAAUGUUAUUUCAGUCAAUAUUAAAGACAAAAACGGUCGACAGUUUGGCCAUCAAUUGGCACGACUUGGUCUUCAAGCGUGUAAUCAAUUAUUAGAUGUUGUGAUGGAUAGUGAAUAUGAUAUCGAAGUGAUUCAAUACAAAGAUUUAUUUACACAACUUUUUAUUGACUGUAUUUGUCUGAUACGACAGUCUAUCAAAAUAUUUGGUGACAAUAUAAGCGAUGAUUUAAUAUUAAAUGACAGCAAAGAAGAUAUCAGUGAAUUUAAAUUUAGUAAGAAAUGUACGAAAAGUGAUGUCCAUCACGUGUUGACACAAGCAGUUCAUUCAAAUAGUCUUGUUUUGGGCCAACAUUGGCUCAAAAAGUACAAACACGUUGACAUAAGUUGGCCACAAAUUGUUAAGCAUGUGAUUAGUAUAGGCGUUGAAUUCAUCAAAAGUAAAAACUUUGAUGACUUGAAUAAAAUAUUGUGUCAAUUGGGCAUUGAAUUCAAUGAUCUGACAGUUGGAAGCAAUGCUUGUCAAAGAGUACUUCUUUACUAUAAAAUUUCUUGUAUAUUAGGUCGAGACUAUUUAGAUAUUGAAGGCUCGGAAACCAAUGACUUACAACUAUUGAAAUCAUUGAUAUUAUUUCCAUCAAAAGAUAGUAAUGCCUUGUCUUUAGCCAAAGAGUUAAUCGCCAUAAAUGAUAUCACUGACGAUGAUAUCGCUUCAAUCAUUAGUUUUGAAAUAAUGUUAAAAUUGAAGAACGAAUCGGAAGAAUUUGAAAAAUCAAAAGAUUCUUCAUAUAGUAAUCUAAUGGAAUUGAGUUCAAGUUUCUUAUCAAUGAUUAGAUUAUUAAACGACACGACUGUUUUGGGAACAAAAUUGUUAUCAGAAACUGAAUCAUUACAAACUGAUCCGAUAAACAAUUUUGUUUUAACUAAACUUUAUAUUAAAGCUCACGAAUGCUUUACUAAUGAAUGCGAUGUCAAAGGCAUAGCAUUGGUACUCAGGAAGACCCGGAUAUUUAUAACACAAAGUUUAUUGCCAUUAAAAGACUUCGAUUCAAUUCUCAGAUUAAUGACAGGAAUCGGCAGAUAUUCUGAAAUGACUUAUUGUUUUGAUUUGUUCAGAGAGAACAAUCAGUUUGAGUUACUUCUCAGCAAACGUAUUGAAAAGGCGCCACAAUUGAGAAUAGCAUUAUUGGAUUAUUUGAAAGGAGAUAAAGAAGUUUUUCCAUUAGUGGCACUUCGGUUCUGUCUGUUUCGUGAAAUCGCCGAAAAUCAUGAGAUGUCAGCCAAAAAACAGUUCAAUCAAUUGAAACAUAAAUUAGGCACAAAUCUCUUGAGUUAUGGGGAUCAAUUGGAAACCAUUAUGUAUGAGUUAAUUGACGCUCACGAGUGCUUUUCAAAGGCCGGUUGUCAUUCACAGGCCGACUCGUGCGGCAAAUUAGCACAACUUAUUUCACUGCAAAUUCAUUAUUUACCAAAUAAUGUACUUCUGGUUAAUAUGAAUAGCGAACAGAUCUCACAGUUUAUCGAAAACAGUAACAAUUUUUUUGAGGCAUUGAUUGUUGCGGAUGCCUAUCAAUACAAUACAAGUUGGGUCAGUGCUGUCUUCAGACACGUUGUACUAAAUAACGAUUGGAACUAUUGGAACGAUUACAUCAGUGCAAGAGAUAUCGGCACUUCUUUUAUUGAGGAAUUGAUUCAAAAAUACUUUCAUUUCAUUGCCAACCAAAACAUUGCUACGGAACGGAUGAUCCAAUUGAAGAAAUCAGUUCAACGGCUCAUCCAAUACAUCGAUGACUACGAAUUGCGAUUUCGAAUGUCAUCCAAACUAAACUUAAAUGAUUUUAAUCAUCAAAUGCUUAACGAAGAAAGUGGCGCUUAUUUACAUGAUUUACGCAGAAAUGGACUUUUAUAG